AUGCCUGCAGUCGAAUCACAACCAAAGAUGGAUGAGAAUGUGUCUGCUGUAUCACCCGAGCCAAACCACGAGCAACCAGCGCAAGUAGAAGAAGAAGAGGUUUUGUCAGGAACCGACGAUGAAGCCGCCGAUGACGAAGAAGACCAACAAGAACAGGAUGUUGGUAAAGAAUUGGAUAAGAAACACUAUACUGGGAACAUCAUUGAUGAUGACCAUCCAGACGUCUACGAAGCUGACGCGGAUUUGACCAAAAAUAUCCCAAUUGACACCGAUUAUAUCGAAUUGAUCCACUUGAAAAUUCGGUCGUUGAAAGAUUUACAAUUGGGAAGAUUCAAGAACGCCGAGUCGAUUUGCCUCAGACAGAAUUUGCUCGAAUCGGUAUCGGAUGUCAAACAUUAUAAUGCCGAGAAGUUAGUGGAGUUGGACUUGUACGAUAACAGAAUAGACCAUAUCAGCUCGCAUAUCAACGAGUUGGUCAACUUGACCACCUUAGAUUUGUCAUUCAAUAAGAUCAAGAAUAUCAAAAACUUGGAUAAUUUGGUGAAGCUCGAGAACUUGUACCUCAUCCAAAACAAAAUUUCUGACAUCAAAAACUUGAGCACCCUUCAAAAUUUGAAGAACCUUGAGUUGGGAGGCAACCGAAUUCAAACCAUCUCCGCCGAGUUGUUGACUCUCCCAUCAAUUGAGAAAUUAUGGUUGGGGAAAAACCGUAUCACCAAAUUAGAGAACUUGGAUAAGUUGAAGAACUUGAAGAUCCUAUCGAUCCAAUCUAACCGGAUUUCCAAGAUUGAAGGGCUAGAACAUUGUGAGAAUCUUGAAGAAUUUUAUAUUUCCCAUAAUAACUUGACGAAGCUUGAAGGAUUGGACAAAAAUGUCAAAUUGACCACCAUUGAUAUCACCGGAAACAAGAUCCAAAAACUCGAGAAUUUAGACCAUCUUGAAGAAUUGACCGAUUUAUGGGCGUCGCUGAAUUUGAUUGAAGAUUUUGAGAAUAUUGGACAGGCAUUAAAGAAUUGCAAACAGAUCGACACAGUUUAUUUCGAGAAUAAUCCUGUUCAUUUGAAGAAUUUGACAAGCUACCGAAGAAAGAUCAAGUUGUAUUUGAAUCCAAGUCUUACUAAGAUCGAUGCUACAUAUAUCCAAUGA